AGGUAGAGACAGACAAGGAUAAAAACCAAUUGUAGGGAUUGAGGCCAGGAAAUGCUAGUCAACGAGGAAGAAUAGGAAGGAUGAUGGGCGGAAGCGCAGACUGGCCAAGCAAUGAACGCCGGAAGAGGGGGCCCCUAAAAUGGCGGCCUCCACGCGUGCCAGGAGGAUCCUCUCAUGUCAGCGAACGGAGCGGUGUGGCGGCGCGUGCGGAGCCGCUUCCGCGCUUUCCCGGAGCGCCUGGCGGCCUGCGAGGCCGAGGCUGGGGCGUACGGCAGGUGCGUGCAGGCUUCCACCGCCCCGGGCGGCCGCCUGAGCAAGGACCUUUGUGCACGGGAGUUCGAGGCCCUGCGGAGCUGCUUCGUCGCUGCGGCCAAGAAGAGCCUGAAGGGAGGCUCCUAGGGAGGACCCUGGGCUCUGGCCCCUGCAUCUACCACUGCCGUGGGCACAGACCCCACAUGUGGAUGGUGCCCAGGACCGCUCUCCGGGCAGAAGGAAGUGGGAGCAGCCAAGUUCUCGGUGUCCCAGUGUGUUUUCCUCGUCAGGCUGGACCUUGGGCAAGACAGGAAUUUGUUUUCAGCUCUGCGUGCAGAAGGAUCUGAGUUAGAUUCAGAUGUAACCAAAUCAGCAAUAAAGACUAUUACAUCUUGCA